AUGUCUCAAGAUACACAAGAAGGGAACAGCUUGCUUCAGAAAGUGACAGAAGCUGCGGAAGAGUUUGUCGAGAAGUUGACUGGGACGGAAGAUGAUACGGAGCAGAAUGAGAAUGAACGCAAGAUGACCAUGGAGGAGCGGAAAGCUAAGAUGGAGGAGCUAAGGCAGAAGAUGCAUUCUUCUGCGUUGGCGAACAGAAAGUCUGUCAUCGAGGAAAGUGCCAAGGCAAAGAUCACCGCCCGAGAUGCUGCACGUCUAGAGAGACAGCGAAAGCUCGUCGAAAUACUGCGACAGAAGGCAGACGCGGAGGAACGCGGCGAGGACGUCGAGCGGCAGAAGAAUUGGGAGUGGACGAUUGAGGAGAACGAGGAGUGGGAGAAGAAGAAGGCACGGAAGGCGCGGAGAGCGAACUUCGAAUUCAAUAACGACGCAGAUGCGGCACGGAGACGGUACAAGAAGGAUCUUGACCUAAUCAAGCCCGAUCUCCUCACAUACAACAAACAGAAAGAGCUCGCGCUGGGGUUGUUGCCCGGAACACUCGUUAAAGCAGGCAACAGCUCGUCUGCGGUCAAUGAAUUCGACCCCAAGGCAAGCACAUCGUUGCAGAUCGUCCCGACAAGUGAGCAGCAACGAAUAGCAGCAGAGAAUCUGUAUCGCGACGCGAACAGUCUGCUUUACGCAGACAACAAGCCGAGUGAAGACGCCAUCGACCGGGUGGUCAGCAAGAUCAACCGGGAUAUUGACAAGAAGAGCAAGUUCUCGAGGAAGCGGCACAACGAGGACGAAGGCGAUAUCACGUACAUCAACGAGCGGAAUCGCGUGUUCAACAGGAAGAUUGCACGUUAUUACGAUAAGUACACCGCGGAAAUCCGUGCAAGCUUCGAGCGGGGUACUGCACUGUAG